AUGGCUCAACUCAGCUCGCAGUUCUCGUCCGUGGAGUUUGAAGCCGACCUGAAGCAAGAUAUCCGUGACGCAGCCGCCAAUCUCGUCAACGACGUCAUUUUCAGAGCAAAAGAAAUGGCGCAAAGAUCCAUCAUCCAGCACCAGGCUUUCAGCGUUGUGGAAGAAGAGAACGAAGACGCUCUCUUGGAAGAGGAACUAGCGUCGCAAUACCCGGCCAAAAAGAGGUUCCAGUCAUUCUCGGGCCCGACGCCCGAAAUACAAAUCGAUUUUGUCGGAGAUCGAACCCCGAGUCCCGACGAGCCCUCGUCCUACGUCGCUCCGGUCUAUCAGCGACAGGUGAAAAUAAAGCAUUCGAGCUCCGGUGAUGAGUCCGACUCGAAUGAAGACUCGGAACCGAAGAGGAGGCCCCGCGAAAUCGCGACGACCGGCAUGCCGAACGGUCGGGUUCACGACGGCGUUGUCGACCGAGAACCGACCUCACGGGACAACAGCGGCGCCGAAUAUUGUAGAAGAAAAGCCGCCAAGGAAUAUAUGUCUUCAAAACCAGCGAGUCUCCCGUUCGCUGACGACAGCCCCCCCGGCCUCGGCUCCGCUGAGACGCCGUCUGAGGCCACCAUAUCGGCUCGCGUCGCAGCCACUAAAUCGAGCUUAAAAUCUGAUUUCGUUUUCCAGAAGAGCGACCCGGCGAAGGACCCUACUCUACGCCAGUUCGUUGAAGAGUAUAUCCGGGGAAUAUCUGAACAGGCACAGCUACUGGCCGACGAGAGGGCACGGAAAUCCAUACCCCACGCGAAAUAUCAUUCGCCCACGGACGGGCCUCGGGCUUCGGUCGUCAUCACAGCCAAGUCGAACGAGGGGCCGUGGUACUACCGGGCUCGCGAAGCGCUCAGCAGAUGUCUGCAGUCGACGUGCUUCUGUAUCAAAAUUGGCCGGCAGCCGGAAGCUCUUUGAGCUCGGCUCCGACCCAGUAUCAAAUUGGUGCCACAUGGGAAAGCAUUUUACCGGGUCAGCGCUCAGCUGUAUCUCAAUGAGGGUGCUUGUCGGCGUUCGUUUCGAGCCGUCGCCGACGUCAGCUCGAAGAAUAAGAUUCGCCCCGCCACAAUCACUCUGACAUCAUUCAACUCCGAUACGGACGCCCUCACCAAGAAUGGAUGGACGAACCUCGCUCAUCGGUUAUCCUCGACAUCGUGUACUCUCCAUCGGGUAG